AUGAACGCUUACCGAGAAAUAGAGAUUGUAUCGUCAUCUGCCAAGUUGGUGGAUGCUUCUAAAUACAACUUACGAUGUAAUCGCAACAUCAGCGAAAAAAUGACGAAGAAGGACUUCAUCUACGACAUUCGUACACCUGUGCAGACUAUGAGAAAGUUCGAGGUGCAAAGACGACCGAUCAUAUUGCCGAUACAAUUGCGGCGAAAACAGAACAUUGAUUCUAAAAUGCCGCAAUACACCGUUAUUCCCGAAAAAACGGAGCAUGAUGGUGAUGGCGACGCGACUGUCAUUGCUGAGCAGCGCAUUUUAGGGUACAAAUGCAAUUAUUGCCAGGAGUCAAUUGCCACUCUAUUGUCUCUGUCAACUCAUGUUAAAUUCCACUGUCUGAAACAUUGUAAAAUAUGUUAUUGGAUUCUAUGUAAAAAUGAAACAAUGGAACAACAUAUAGCCAAUCACCAUCGCAUGAGAUAA